AUGCCUCGCUUCAUCUUCCUCGUCAAGGCCACCCCCAUGACCGAAGGCCUCCCCGGCCACACACCCCCCGCCGACAUUUACGAGCGCAUGGCCCAGUACAACGCCGAUCUCACGGCCGCCGGCGCCUUUGUCGACGCGGGUGGCUUCAAACCCACAGCCGCCGGCUACCAAGUGACCUUUGACGGCGACAACGGGGCGUCGACGCAGCAGGGCCCGUUUGACGUGGAGAACGAAGCCCACGUCUCGGGCUUCUGGAUCGUGCAGGCGGGGAGCGCGGACGAGGCGCUCGGCUGGGCCAAGAAGAUUCCGUUUGGACGGGGUGGGGUGACGGUGCGUGAGCUACGCGACAACUAG